AUGGGAAAAGGUGAGGUCGGGGGGUGUGGGCGCUUGGCCGCUUUGGGACUAGCGCUCGGCUGUAAGAAGCAACGCCACGACCCGCUUAUUCUGUACGACGCCGAGACGAGGCUCUCUUUGGGGGCCAUUUCGAAGUCCAUCUGGGGACCAGCAUUCGCCGUCAUUCAACCAUGUCGCCAUGCUCGCACUCGUACUGACAUACCCCGCUUGCCAUCCCGCCGCCGUCCCGCUGUCGGAGACGCCUCUACGUUACGUCUUCGCACGCCACCUCGUUCAUUUGCCCAAAUGGCUGCAGAGGGCGCCUCUACCAACGUCUGCGACAGGCGCCGUCUAGUCGCUUGCACAGGGGCCGGCUUGCCCGUCCGGCGGGGCUCCGCUUCUCACUGGCCCGAGACACCAUUUGGGGCAUCGUUCCCCUGUCUUCGCUGA